AUGACGAGCAGCUCGGGCAACAAGGACUUUCGCGACCAGCUCGGCAAGUUUCGCCUCGAAUCCCCGAAUGUCUCGUCUCCCGUAGCCUGGUCGCAGUCCCCGACGACGACAUUUCCCAAGCCAUCACCUCGCUCGUACCAGCCCUCCUCUCCAUCCUCCUCACUGCAGCAACCCCCGCCCGACUCGGCGCCCACCCCGGACCCCACGUCCUCCACCCCGAGCGCGCGAAGCAAACGAGUAUCGACGGCGUGCGACUUCUGUCGCAAACGCAAGAAAAAAUGUGACUUUCGGUACCCCAAUUGUUCGGCCUGCACGCGCGCUGGGGUGCGCUGCACCAUCCCUCCACCGGGGCCCCAAGUAGCCAGUGCCUCUGUGCCCCGAGAUCAGUUGGAGACUUUACAAAAACGCGUGCGAUGGUUGGAAGAGGUCGUGCGGCGCAAAAUGGGCGUCUCCGUGGCCGACCUGGCCACGGGUACCCCCGUGGACGGCGAGGGAGAUCCGGACUGGUGGUAUCAAGUGCCCGCGAUGAUCGCGACCGGCGGCAGUCGAUCAUCCGUAGGCUCGAUGCUGAGUCCCGUAGGCAGUGGCAGUUCAGCGGCAACGCCAGGACUAGCUGCCAUCUCCGAAUCGCCCACGGGGGUGGGUGUCGAGCUGCCGAAUGUGGGCGAGAUCCUUCGUGAUCAGUUGGAGAAUCGCCGUCCAUCCGUCGCACGGCCUGCCGUUGCUCCACGAGUGCUGCGUCUAUCCUCGCUCGAAGAAGCAGAGCGCGUGGCGGGCCAGUACUUCGAUAGUAUAGGAUACCAGUAUCCAUUUCUUUCGCGGCCCGAGUUCUUCGGCCAUCUGCGCCAUAUCUACACGGGCGGCGUGCCAACCCCGGAGGUCCACAAUACCUAUCAUAUUAUUAUCGCCAUUUCACUGCUGAUCGGGUCGGCUGAGCCUGCGCAGGCUGCCGAGUUUUACCGUGCGAGCCAGGAGACUCUCUCCCUCGCGCUUCAGAAUGAGGAUCUACCCUCCAUCCGGGCCUUGCUUGGGUUGGCCCUGUAUACCAUGUUUGCAACUGCCGGUCCCAGUAUCUGGCAUGUCUUAGGGGCUACCUUACGACUCGCGAUCAGCAUGGGGUUACACAAGGCUCGGUCAUAUCCGACCAUGAUGGAAGAAGAGAUGGCUAAGCGUGCCUUUUGGAGUCUAUACAACCUUGACCGUCUCAUUGCUAGUACGCUUGGGCGGCCUCUGGGAGUUCCGGACGACGACAUCAGCGUGGGUCUUCCACGUGAGCUGAACGACGAUGGGCUGGAAGCGCCCGGUGCAAGUGCCAUGACGAUUCCUUUACAGGUGAUUCGUUUACGACGGAUCUUUUCCCGUAUCUAUCAGUACCUGUAUAGCAAUCUCCCCCAACCCUCUCCGCAGGAGGUUGCCGCCACGCUUGGUCAAUUCCGUCGCGAGGUGGAUGAGUGGCGCAUGGCGGCUCCUGUUUAUCCAUCAGCGCUUCUCUACUCAACCUCCUAUUAUGAUUAUCUGUAUUAUACCACAUUGCUGUUGAUGUAUCGCCCUAGCCCACGAAACCCGACUCCAGAUGCAACCAGCAUCGUCAGCUGCGGAGAUUCCAGUAUCCAAGUGGUUCGAUCCUACUGGGAUAGUUACUCCGUGGGGAAAUUGAAAUGGAUUUGGUUGACUCUGAGUCAAGUCUAUUUCGCCGGCAUCACGAUUCUGUGGUGUUUGGAACAGAAUGCCCGGUGCUUGCGCGACUCUCGCCCGGCCCCAUGGCAUCCUGAUGAGCAGAUGAUGCGUCGGGGCAUUCAGGCUGUUGUGGUACUGCUCGAGCAGUUUGGCAAGCGUCGUCCGGGAGUGGAUCGACUGGCAGAGACAUUCCGCCAUCAGAGCACCACAAUAUUCAGUCAAAUGGCCUAUCGACAGCAACAACUGGAACACCAGCAGCAACACCAACACCAACACCAACACCAUGUACAACCUCUCAUGCCACCUCAACCUUCCGUUACUCUCGCCCCUCCACCUCCGCCUCCAGUCCCUCUCGCCCCCGUUUUGGAUGACGUUCUGCUGGUCGAUGGUAGCGGCGUCAUGCCGAUAAUCGAUCCGCAAAUGGCAGAGCAACUUUACUACUCAUAUAACUGGUUCCAGGAGGAGAUGGCCAGUUACUAUACCCUUUGA